AAAAAAUCACUCAAUCACUCACCCAAACACCAUUCUCUCCGUCCCCAAAAAAUCAAAUACAGAAAGAAAAAAAACCACUCUCAGUACGACACCGUUUCGCAUCUCGCCGGCAACAAUGGACGCCGAAGAAGAACAACAAAAGCUUCCAGAUCUAGUAAAAGCUCUCGUCCACCAUCUACUUUCUCAAAACCUUCCCCCAAAUUCCCCACCCUUAAACCCUACCUCCUCUCACUUCCAAAACUCCCUCCGUUACGCCCACCGCAUUCUCUCCAGCCACCUCACUCCCUCCGUAACCCCCGAUGCCGCCGCCAUCGCCGAAUCCAUCAAACGCCGUCUCGCCACCGAAGGUAGAUCCUCUGAAGCCUUAUCAUUCGCUGACCUAUAUACCAAAUUCGUUUCCAAAGCCGCCGAUGUUGAUAACAAGUGGGCCCUACUUCAUCUCUUCAAUAUCAUUUCUCAAGAUCGUAAAACCGCCGUUAAAUCUCAACUCGAUGCUUCCGUUUUUCUUCCGAAUUUAACUAUCUCCGAUAACAACGUUGGUCCACGCCGUAUUAAAAAUAAGGGAUGGAGCGACGGUGUUGUUGUUCUUGCUAAGGAUCCUAAUAAUCGCCGCGACAUUGUUGUUCUCUUAAUUUUUCAGAUUCGUUAGCAAUUUGACCGGAUCAUCUUUGCUCGAAAUCGCAGCUCUUACAGUAACUCUCCCUAUUUUGGUACUUAUUCGCCACUCCUUCAACUCCAUUCCCAUAACUGGUAACUCCCUGAAGAAGAAAAAGGACGAUGCACCGUCUGAGCAUAGGAGUUUUAAAGCUUACCUAUCUACAUUGACUCUGGAUUUUCUUGUCAUAGUUGUUCCUAUGCUCUUACUUUUCACUGUACUUGCUGACUGGAGCUAUAUAAUAGCAAGUUUAUUCACAAUCUUAACAUUGCUUUAUAUUGCAGUGAAGAGGCCUGGUGGUUCAUCUCCUGUUUUAGAAGAGCCCAAUUCUGUUAGGGCAUAUAUUACUUCGUACAGGGUUAUUGUGAUGAUUAUAACAAUCUUGUGCAUCUUAGCUGUUGAUUUCAGAAUAUUUCCUAGAAGAUAUGCGAAGACUGAAACAUACGGAGCUAGUUUGGCAGUUGAACUGUGGUUGGUUGAUAAAGCGGUUUUACCAAUUGAAAAUUCUGCGGAUGGAAGCAUCCAUCGCAAUUAUGACUUACUUCUUCAACAUAAGUUGAAUCUUGUCGGAGAGGUGCAGCUGCGUGCUAACCACUGUCUCUUAGGAUUGCCCGGUGUGACAAUGGAGGAACUCGUCAGUGUUGUGAGUCAUCCUCAGGAUGAACUGAGAGAUGCAGUAUUGCUUGUGUUUGCCAACAAACAAGAUCUUCCCAAUGCAAUGAAUGCUGCUGAGAUUACUGACAAGCUGGGUCUCCACUCUCUCAGACAGCGCCACUGGUACAUUCAGAGCACUUGUGCAACCUCUGGGGAGGGUCUUUAUGAAGGUUUGGACUGGCUUUCCAACAAUAUAGCCAAUAAGCUUGGUUCAAUGCAAAUUGUAUGGCCGACUGUUUUCAUAAUAUUGGACACAUCUGUCGGGGCAAUAUUUGGUGACCAGGAUACUGCCGUUGCUGCUAAGACAGUGGCCAUAAAUUGUGUAAGACACACCGGAGCCAUUGCAAGUUCCCGAGCUGCAGAAAUAUACGGCCUGGACAUUCUUGCUGAAGGAAUUCAGGAUGAUGAUGAAAAUGUUACCCGUUUCUUGGUCCUUGCGAGGGAGCCUAGAAUUCCAGGAACUGACAGGCCCCAUAAGGUUACAACUAGAAGGAUAAUUGCUGGAAAAUGGGGUUGCAACAAUGGACAAGCUUGCAUUUCUCCCGAUUAUAUUAUAACCACAAAAGACUAUGCUCCUAAGUUGGUGGAUGCUCUAAAGACUGAAUUAGAAAGUUUUUAUGGAAAGAAUCCACUGGAAUCAAAAGAUUUGUCACGCAUUGUAAACUCGAACCACUUUGCUCGCUUGACUAAGCUUUUGGACGAUGAUAAAGUCUCUGGUAAGAUUGUGCAUGGAGGUGAAAAGGAUGAAACCAAAUUGAGAAUUAGCCCUACUAUUCUAUUGGAUGUCCCGCGAGAUUCUCUGAUAAUGAGUGAAGAGAUAUUUGGUCCUUUACUUCCCAUCAUUAUGGUGGAUAGAAUAGAAGAAAGCUUUGAAGUGAUAAAUUCAGGAACAAAGCCUCUUGCUGCAUAUAUAUUUACCAACAAUAAGAAUCUCAAGGAGCAGUUUGUUAAGACGAUUUCCGCUGGUGGUUUGGUCAUCAAUGACACUACUAUACACCUUGCAGUUCAUACUCUACCUUUUGGAGGAGUAGGUGACAGUGGAGUUGGUGCAUACCAUGGAAAAUUCUCUUUUGAUGCAUUUAGCCACAAAAAAGCAGUUCUUUAUCGCAGUUUUUUUGGUGAUGCUUCUAUAAGGUAUCCACCAUACACCAAAACAAAGUUUAGAUUGAUGAAGGCUCUCAUGACUGGUAGCAUAGUUGGUAUAAUUCGUGCUAUAUUUGGAAAGUCCUAGAAUUAUGUGUCUUGGAAUCUAGCAUUUAAUUGUAUUUGGCAAGUCUUUUAUUUUGGUUUCCUUGUAUUUUAUUGUUCAUUUUUUGUUGGUUUAAACACAUCAACCAUGACUUUUGUGUUUGAGAAUAAAUUGGAUAGUUCUAUAUGCUAA